AUGUCAUUCUCGGACUCCUUACCAGUAUCAGACACCAGCCAAGAGCUGUUUGGAUCUGCUGAAUGGCUCCUGUCACCUCCCUCCUUUGUAGCGCAGAAAGGUGACCAUGGACCAGCGCAAGUAACAUUUCCACCACCAGGAGUUGAAUCUGAAACGGGGUUCAGAACACGACAACGAGUUUCCCUAGCUUGCCUUCCAUGUCGCAAUAGACACGUAAAAUGCGACUCUGGUUUGCCAAUUUGCUCGCGUUGCAAAUUCGAUGGCAGGCAAUGCAAAUAUAUGCAGUCUCGACGAGGUGGCCACAAUAAGAUCGUCUCGUCCGAUACCCGGGCCCCGGUCACGCAGUCACCAACUAGAGGAUCGGAAUUCAGCCACAGGUCUUCUGGAGAUCGAACAAGUACUCGAGUGGACGAUUCAGAGAUGGUUGAAACGGGAACAAGUUCUGAGAGCGCGGCAACAACAGGUUCCGCGUCCCUGGACCGACCCUUUGAAUGUUAUUAUACUUUCUUCCAUGAAUCACACCCAAUGGUCCUCCCAAAACAGCACUUUACGGCUCGAUUAGACGUUGAUCCGGAAUCACUUGAAGUUGUGGCUGCGGUUAUGCGAUACAUUGGCUCGUUGUAUGGUCAUUGUUCGUCCCCAGAGUUCUUCAAAAGUCUAUCUGAAAGUUUAUUGUUCUGCAACCAACUACCCAGAAAUGGAUUCUCUGUGCAAGCUCUAAUGUUAUACUCCAUCGCUACGCACUGGAAUAAUGACAAGCCACGUGCGCGGGAAAUACUGGAUGUUGCUACUACCAUGGCGUUGGAGAUUGGCAUGAAUUCAUGCCAAUUCGCUUACCAGCAUGGAGAGGGGAACCUUGUUUUGGAAGAGACCUGGAGGAGGACAUGGUGGCUGCUAUAUAUCGUUGAUUCGCUCUAUGCAGGAAUCCGGCAUUCUCCUGGAUUUGCGCUAUGGAGUGUGAAUAGCAACGUCGACCUUCCUUGUGAAGAAGAAGAUUUCCAUUCAGGAAAUAUCCCUAAACCAAAAACUCUAGUUGAAUUUGAUGACCGACAAUUUGAUACUGUUGAUGUAGUAUUCUCAUCAUUUGCCUACCUAAUUGACGCGUCACGCAUCCUAGGAACAACUUUAGCUGUUGGCUUGGAUGAUAGUAACCCCGUUGACCCGGAAGUUGAUUACGCAGAUUCAGGGUUGGUAGCAUGGUCGCUCCAUCUUCCAGAUAUCAAAAGAGAAUUGGUAACAAAUAAAGGGAAUGUAGAUCCUAUAUUAUUUCUUGCUCAUAUGCUAAUUCAUACGACAACCAUCUACCUUCACCGUCCCCGCUCAAAGCUUCUGUACAACAACGCAGAAAACAUUUCCAAAUGUGCCCCUCCUCCGCCUCCCGAGCGGCUCACACAUGCCGCUCAGGAAGCAUACCAAAUGCAUACAGUAAAGGUGUUAACCGCCUCCGAAAAGAUUUCCAGUCUAUUAGCCCUCCCGACACCUUUGGUGAAGCAAUCCCAAUUUAUAAUAUGCAUGGUAGCUCUCUCGACAAUCGCACAGUUAUCCGCGUGCAUUUUUGACACCAACAUCGGCACAAGUCGCGCGAUCAAGGAACGGAUUCGACUCAAUAUCGGUGCUCUAAAAGCACACGAGAAAAUAUGGCCUUUAGGCCGCAAGACUCUGUAUGAAGUAAAAUUGAUUGCUCGUCAGGUGUUUGCUCUUCCAAAUCUGGAUUGCCAGGCUAUCUCUGAUCUGAUGGAUCAGGCUCACGAGAUUUCGAACCACUCUGGUAACUCUGUGAUGAUAGAUGAAUCAUUCCCUACUGCAAUUUUUGGUGAUUCCUGUUUUUUAUCACCAGUUCCUCCUCCCCUAUAG